AUGUCUCUCUUACUCUUUAUCCUGCUUGCAUUUCUUGGGUCAUUCAUUUACAUCCUACGAGCCUCCAUAUACCGGCCAACUAAUGAUCGGAAACUGCCGCCAGGACCUCCAACCUUACCAAUCAUUGGUAACCUCCACAUGUUAGGCAACCUCCCACAUCGAACCCUUUCCCACUUAGCCAAGAAAUAUGGUCACAUCAUGUCACUGAGGCUGGGCUAUGUUCCAACCAUUGUGGUAUCAUCACCUCAGGUAGCUGAGCUUAUUCUUAAAACCCAUGAUGCCAUUUUUGCAAGCCGCCCAAAGUUCCAAGCUUCAAUGUACAUGUCCUAUGGUACAAAGGGCAUGGCUUUUACAGAGUAUGGACCUUAUUGGCGCAACGUUAAGAAAUUGUGCACAUCACACGUUCUCAAUUCAUCAAAGAUUGAGUUCUUUGCACCAUCAAGGAGAGAAGAGGUAGGAUUGUGUGUAGACUCAAUAAAGAAAGCUGCGGCGGCGCAUGAGGUGGUGAAUGUCAGCACGGCGGUUGGCAACCUAAUUCAAAACAUGACUUAUAGGAUGCUUUUUGGAGAAAGCAACGAUGAUGAAAUCGACUUAAGGUCUCUUGUUAAGGAGUGCGUGCUCUUGGCAGGAGCUUUCAACAUAGCGGACUAUAUCCCUUUCUUCGGCGCAUUUGAUAUUCAGGCCAUGGACAAACUCCUAGAGAAGAUAAUUGAUGAGCAUGAACAAGAUGUUCGUAGGCUAAAAGAUAAGCCAAGAGAUUUCGUUGAUGUGUUGCUUUCAUUGUUGAACGAUGGCAACGACUCCUCCGAUGAGAAGGCAUUUGUGAUUGAUCGAAGUAAUGUCAAGGCAAUUAUCAUAGACAUGAUUGUAGGUUCACUGGACACUUCGCCACAACAAUUGAAUGGACAUUUUCCGAACUUCUUAGGCAUCCACGUAUAA